AUGAAUUCUGUCCCUUUUCAAGACAUAUUGAAUAAAACAAACAAAACUAGAUGUAAUAGUCCUUAUAUUUCUUCAUGUACAAUAAAUAUAUAUGUCAAAGGUUCAUCUAAAAGAUAGUCAGCUGUAUAUUCAUCAAAUUCAUCAUAUACAGAAUCUAAUAAAAAGACCAAGCCUGAUGAAAAGACUAUUAAUUAGUUAUAUUCACUUUUUAAAAAAUAAGGAUUUGACAACAUUAAUGGAUUACUUAAAUUUUUAGAUGCUUAACGUGAUUAAUAAAGUCGAAAAAGUCCAUCACCUAUAAUAAGAACAGUUUAGGAUGAAAACGACAGAAAAAAAUUUGGAAUAAUGAUAAAUGAGGCAAAACAAGGUUUGAAUUAGUUAGAGCAUAAAAUCAUAAAUUUAUAAAACAAAUAAGAUUGCAGAAAUAAUAUGACAUUAAAAUAUAAGAAUUUAUUGACAGAAGAUGAUGAAAAUCAUGAAUAUUUGUAUGAGAAUAGGUAAGACUACAAAAAGCUAUACACACAAGCUUUAAACGAGAAAGAAUAAUUAUAAAAAAAAGUAGAUUAAAUAGUUUAAGACAACAAAUAGAGAGAUGAUAAAAUCAAUUUUUUAAAUUAAGAAGUAGAAUUACUGAAAAAAUAAAUCCAAGGAUUACUUAUACUUAAGGAAGAGAGUUCAUAAUCUCCAAGACCUUCAAUAAGUGGUUCAGAUUAUACAUUUACACUAAAUGUUUGCAAUUCAGAAGUAAGAGGAGAUAAACCAAUCUCCUAUAAAGAUUUUUUACAUACUUAAAGUUAGUAAAUAAAGCGAAUUUGAUAGUAGAG